AUAUUAUUAAUAUUUAUAUAAUAAAGAACGAUUCAAAGCAUCGGUGCAUCUUAUGGGGAAAAAGUGGCUUUGAGAAAACGACUUCCAAUUUGAUUUAGUACAGUAAUAGUUUUAAAUAUUUACGAAAUUGUUGUCAUGAAAAGUGAUAUGGAAAAAGAGGCCGGAGCAUAUAUUUUAAAAAGUUAUGGAGAAUUCUUCAAAAAACAACAUCAGGACUACACAUCCAUACUCAAUCUCCAAAAUAAAGAAGAAAAUAAAACAUUUUCUCCAAUACAAGUUGUUAUGGAAUCAAAUGAGCUUAUUUCAACUAUAGAUCUAGUUGCCUCUGACAAUACCGUCAUAACUAAAAUCUUAAGCGUUUUAUCAUCACUCUGUGUUGAAGUAAAUGAAUUAAAAAGUGAAGCCUAUGAACGGCAUUUUCAGUUUUUAUCAAUAUAUGAUGAAUACUGCCCAAAUGAUAUUUCCUCACAAAUGGAUUCAAUAUGCUUGUUAAACUUAUUUGUUAAUCGCUGCAAUGAAAUCCUUACUAAUUUAUGCAGUCAAAUGUUUGCUAUUUUUAAUGCAACUGUGAUAAAUCUUAGUGGAAUUCAAUGGCAUUUUCUGAUAAAUAAAGUUGGAGAGAUUUUGACAAUUCUGGUGAUUAUUGAACUGCUAAUAUCAAGAUGUAUGUUAGCAUCAAAUUGGAAUAAAUUCUGCAAAAGUUUAAAAAAUGCCAGUGACAAUAUUGACUCAGAUGAAGAUCAACUUAAAGCUUUGACAGGAGCUGUUAACAGUAUCACAUCCAAAUUAAUGAAUGAUGAUAUUGUGCAGUCAUCUCUUAAUAAUAUAUUACUUUUGAGGAAAAAACAAUUGAUUACAAAAAACUGCUCACUCGUAUCAGCUGAAUUUACGAAGUACAUAAAACAAGCUAUGCUUAACCUAGAUAAACUUGCACAGGACAAGCCAAAUGGUGACAAUAUGUAUAAAUACAUCAAAAUAAAUGUGCUAUUUGCUUUUAAUUCACAUUUGUUUGGAAUUAAUGAUAAAAAAACAUUCAAAAGUUUGAUGGACUUGAAUACAAAGGGACACAGUAUUUUUUUGGUUGGAACUGCUGUUUGGUUUCCAGAACAGUUUCUUCAACGGUAUGUCCCUUCACUUUGUGGUAAUUACAAUAAAUUAUCACAAAUUAUGCUUAAAACACGCCAAUCUUAUAUGAGUGCUAAGAAAAUAUCUCUAACUAAAGAUAUAAUGGUUCUUCAAAAUGUAAGCACACAAUGGAUAUUGAAAGUUGAAGAAUUAUUUUCUAGUAACAAUAAACUGAGUGCAGCUGAAAUGAGUCUUCAUGCAAAAACUAUUUUAGAUGGACUUGACAUUGCUUCCAACAUAAACUACUCAAUCUUAUCUUUUAUCAAUCUGCAUCUAUCUCUUGGCAUGGCAUUAUCGAAAAACAUAUUAAUGUCAUUAUUUGAGAUUAUGGACAUUCUGAAAAGUAUGUAUAAUGCUAUCAGCAGAAAUUAUAAUCAAAUAAUAAAUUCUAUAAGUAUGAUAAUCCAGCAUCUGAUAUUUCAAGCAGUUUCUUCAAUACUGGAAUUGAAAAAGACAUUGAUGAAUGAUAAAAAAUAUGCUGUUAAACGAUUGGAUGAGCUCACUUGCAUUGUAAUUGCCGAGCAGGCUAUAAAAGGAGCAGCAACUUUAGAUCGUAACAUGGCUACUAACAUUGCUCUUAGUUUUGUGCCUGAAACUACUUUUGUAGAUGAUAGUUACGUCAAACUCGGUUUGUUACUUGAAAAAAUACAAGCAUUAUCAAAUUUUACCAAAAGUAUAAAUAAAUAUUGUAACUGCUCUUGGAUGUUCUGGCAUCAAAAUAUCAUUCCUAUAUACUUGGAACAGAAUUUCAGUAUGCAAUUAGAUGCUAUUAAGAUAAAAUACUUUUUAACGGCUCUAGAAGAUUGUGUCGUUUUCCUAGAAGAAACAGACAAACAAUUUGAAGAAACCAAGGCUUUAGAUUUUAAAAACAGAGUAAAGGACAUACUUGAAGAAUCUAUUCUUAGAAAUAUAAGCCAGUCUAUAGAAACGAAUCUGCGUCUCCAUAUCCAUUCUCAUUUACAAUUGGAUGCAGUAAAUCCAUUGAUGUUAGACAUGAUUAAGAAAAAUCUCUUACUUUUAGACAUUCUCCGUUUCCACAAUACGAAUAUGUCCGUGGUACAUUCUGUAGAACAAUAUCUCUCAAAAACCUUUUACAAUUUAACAACAGUUGUAUUAUCAGAUUGGAAGACAUACGGUGAAAUGCGUCAAAUGGCAAAACUAAAAUUCAACAUAUCAACUAUACAUGACAAUCUUCCAACGCAAACCUUGGAACAGGGCUUGGAUGUCUUAGAAAUAAUGCGCAACAUUCAUAUAUUUGUCGCUAAAUACCAAUAUAACCUUAAUAAUCAAAUUUUUAUUGAAAAGAGUAGCAACAACAAACAUUUAAAUUCAAUAAACAUAAGGCACAUUGCCAACUCAAUAAGAACUCAUGGCACUGGCGUUAUGAACACCACUGUUAAUUUUACAUACCAAUUUCUCAAAAAUAAAUUUUUUACGUUCUCUCAGUUUAUGUAUGACGAGCAAAUAAAAUCACGCCUCAUUAAAGAUUUACGGAAUUUUAAAGGAACUAAUGAACAUGUGUAUUUCUACAAAAACGCAGAAAAAUUUAACAAAGGUAUUAAAGUUCUGGGAGUUGCAGAGGAUGGACAAAGUUAUUUAGAUCUGUUUAGAGAUCUGAUCACUCAAAUUGGAAAUGCAAUGGGAUAUGUGCGUAUGAUUCGUUCCGGCGGGAGACAUUGUUGCUGUGAUGCAACGGCCUUUCUCCCUGAUUUGGAGGUAAAAAAAUAUAAAGACUUGUGUCAAGAAAAUGCACUCAGUGUUAAAUCGAUAGAAGCCGCGGGAAAUCUGGACGAUAACAUAGACGGCUUAAUAACAAACUUUAUUCAAGGAACUGAAUAUUUCAAAUUACUCGUCGAAGUUUUUGCUCCUGUUUUUAGGAAUCCUAAGAAUGUGCAUCUCAAAAAUUUCUUUAUCAUUGUUCCUCCUUUGACAUUAAAUUUUGUCGAACACAUGAUUUUAUCAAAAGAUAAAAUGUCGAAGAAGAACAAGGUUGGAGCUUCUUUUACCGAUGAUGGUUUCGCUAUGGGUAUAGCUUAUAUUCUUAAAUUGUUGGAUCAGGAUUCAAACUUUGAAGCUCUUCAUUGGUUUGACUCGGUGUGGAAUCAUAUUAAAAGUGAAAAAGAAAUUAUUCAUGAGCAAAAAACAAAAGGGUCUGUGCAAUUACAACAGGCAUUGGCACUCACAGAAAAAAAGAUCAAAACACUCGAAGAGGAAUAUAAGCUUUUGUAUUACAGUCUAACAAGUGCCAGGAUUUUCUUUAGAUAAGCAAUAUAUAAAGCAACAAUGUAUAUAGUGUAAUAAUAAUAUCACAAUUUUUGAAUUAUAUUUUUCCAUUCCACUUAUACGAUUACUUCGAAAUAAAUAAUUAUAAAUAUUUUUAUAAAGUAUUAUUUUUAAUUGUUGC